AUGACCAAUGUGUCAGAUGUGGGAAACUUACGUGGAUGUGCCGGUACAAGUACCUGCGCUAGAUGCAACUACAGUGUCUAUGUCCAAGAGUUGAACUCGUGCCAGGACUUAAGUGAGGAGUUUAAUCGGCGCGCGCUUGUGGAAUUCUUGCUUUAUUCUUAUCGUGUUGUCGUUACAGAGGUAACAAGAGUACACAAAGGUAAGUUCGAGCAACUUGUCUUCUGCGGUAUAGUUAGACCCAGUGGAAGCCCAGCAGCACUGCAGCCUCAACCUCAGGGUUUAAUAGUGGAGACCGGGAAUGGCGCAAGCGUUCUACAGUUACCAGCGACAACGCUGGAGCAGAUCCGACACAUCGCAGCUGAUCCUGGUGCAUCCACACUGCGCCUGCCACCACCAGCUACUGAGGUGCCGCCUGGCGCUCGCGAGCUUGACUUUGACCUAUGCUACGUGUGCAAGCAUUGUAAAGUAGCUUUCCCAUCACCAGCACCGCUACAGGCACACCAAACUCGUUCCUGCUAUGCGGGCCGAGAGGCAGCGCGCGGUGUCAUCCGCGUAGUGCAACCAGCUCUCGAGUGCCGCAUCUGUCCCGGUGAACGUUUUCGGACCGCACUGGAGUUUCGGCGCCAUGCGGAUACCGAGCCCCAUUUGCGUAAUAUAAUGCCGCAGCAAUCUCCUGUUGUCCCACCAGAGACUCUGACGCACGAGAUGGAGGAUGUAGUGAAUCAAAUCACGCUGCUGGCCGCUCGGGCUGCGCAAGAAUCCGCGACGCCCAAAGACCCCAACGCUAAUUUCUGCGCGCCCGGGCCACGCUUUCAGCAUCCCGCAAGUGCAGGUCGCAGUGCGCACGCGCGAGCCAAGGCCGCGGCUGCCGCCGGUACCGCUCCGCGUCGCGCGCUUCUCGCCGAGCCGCCCGCGGAGACGCGACGACACCGCGUAGGCUUAUUGGUAACAGUUAAUUAUAAUAAUGAUUAUCGUAGCAAACUUUUCCAAAACGAACGAACUCGAAACUCGGGCUGCGCGCUAGCGCACAGCCUACCUCGCAAACAAGCACGGGGGUGGGUGAGGCGCGAGCGGCGCCCGCGCGUGCGUGUGCAUCCGCCACAAGCACCUUCGAAUGCUUUGCCGUGUGCGUGGAGUCCCUAA